AUCUCUAUGAUUCAAAUAGGGAAAUUCCUUUGGAUCCAAGUAGGAUGACAUCCUCGUGUUGUGUCACUACCAUCAGACCUUUGUUUCUUUGUCAUUCAUCCUGAGAGAACAAGGCCUUUAGGGUUGUUGACAUGUCCCAGGCCCUGCCUCCACCCACACAGGUGGAAUUUUCCACUUUAUUCCUUUUGCAAAUAUUAAUCAGGGCCUCACCAGUUAACAGUGGACUCAUUGUCUUGUGAAAAGCAAGCCAUUCCUGGCAAACGCUGGCUGCCUUCCAGGGCCUCGGUAGCCUGCCCAAGCUGGGAGAGGGGGCUGCUGGAAGCACCCUCCCCUCUGUUCUCCCCUGACCCAUGUUCUGCACCAGCUGGUUGAGCUUCACAGAGUCAACAGUAAUGCCUGCUUUGAGUCAGGGACCCUGAAGCCACACCGAGGGCUUGUACCCACUGUUCUCAGCAGGGCUACACCACCGCAAACAUUUUCUCUGCUCCAGUGAGGAGAGGCUGGCCCAGGAAAGCACACAGGCUCGGCCACAAGGUUAACUCCACCUAUGCUAUUACUCCUGCUGCGAAGUCACAGCCCAUGUGUACUUGCAUCGGUUUUCAUAUGUGUUGUUACACUGGGAUCUCAAAGUCCAGAACGCAGAGAAGGAAAAGUAAAUCAUCACAUUCCCUUCCAUGGAUAUGAGGACUUGGCCUAGAAGCAUGUGGUGCAUCCUGCGGGGCUGGAGGCGAGGGCACCUGAGCCCAUGUGGAGCCCUGAGGGGUCAGCGGGGGCCCCCAGGCAUCCGUGCUGUAGCCAAUAAGGCCUUCAGGAGUGGGGACGAAUACAGUCAUGUGGUAGUGGGUGCAGGCUCCGCGGGCUGUGUGCUGGCCCGGCGGCUCACAGAGGACACUGAUAAACGUGUGUUGCUGUUGGAGGCCGGGCCCAAGGACAUGUUUGCAGGAAGCAAGCGGCUCUCGUGGAUGAUCCACAUGCCCGCAGCCCUCGUGGCCAACCUGUGCAACAGCAGGUACAACUGGUACUACCACACAGAACCGCAGGCAGGCCUGGACGGCCGUGUGCUGUACUGGCCGCGCGGCCGGGUGUGGGGAGGCUCCUCAUCCCUCAAUGCCAUGGUCUACGUCCGCGGGCAUGCUGAAGACUACAACCGCUGGCACCGGGAAGGCGCCACAGGGUGGGACUAUGCACACUGCCUGCCCUACUUCCGCAAGGCACAGUGCCACGAGCUGGGCGCCAACAGGUACCGAGGCGGCGAAGGCCCACUGUACGUGUCGCGGGGCAGGACCAACCACCAGCUGCACCGAGCGUUCUUGGAGGCUGCACAGCAGGCCGGCUAUCCCCUCACUGAGGACAUGAACGGCUUCCAGCAGGAAGGCUUCGGCUGGAUGGACAUGACCAUCCACGAAGGCAAGCGCUGGAGUGCGGCCUGCGCGUACCUGCACCCGGCACUGAGUCGUCCCAACCUCACAGCCGAGGCCCAGACAUUUGUGAAAAGGGUGCUGUUUGAAGGCACCCGCGCAGUGGGCGUGGAGUAUAUCAAGAAUGGCCAGAACUACAGGGCUUAUGCCAGCAAGGAGGUGAUUCUGAGUGCAGGCGCCAUCAACUCUCCGCAGCUGCUCAUGCUCUCGGGUGUCGGCAAUGCAGAUGACCUCAAGAAACUAGGCAUCCCGGUGGUGUGCCACCUUCCAGGAGUUGGCCAAAACCUGCAAGACCACCUGGAGAUAUAUAUCCAGCAGGCAUGCACCCGCCCCAUCACCCUCCACUCAGCACAGAAGCCCUUGAGGAAGGUCCUGACUGGUCUGGAGUGGCUCUGGAAGUUCACAGGGGAUGGAGCCACAGCCCAUCUGGAAACAGGGGGGUUCAUCCGGAGCCAGCCUGGGGUCCCCCACCCGGACAUCCAGUUCCACUUCCUGCCGUCCCAAGUGAUCGACCAUGGGCGGGUCCCUACCCAGCAGGAGGCUUACCAGGUGCAUGCGGGGACCAUGCGGGGCACGAGUGUGGGCUGGCUCAAACUGAGGAGUGCCAACCCCCAGGACCACCCGGUGAUCCAACCGAACUACUUGUCAACAGAAACUGAUAUUGAUGACUUCCGUUGGUGUGUGAAGCUGACCAGAGAAAUUUUUGCACAGAAAGCCCUGGCACCAUUCCGGGGGAAAGAGCUCCAGCCAGGAAGCCACGUCCAGUCAGAUGAAGAGAUAGAUGCCUUUGUGCGGGCCAAAGCGGACAGCGCCUACCACCCGUCGUGCACCUGUAAGAUGGGCCAGCCCUCCGAUCCCACUGCUGUGGUGGAUCCGCAGGCCAGGGUGAUUGGGGUGGAAAACCUCAGGGUAAUCGAUGCCUCCAUCAUGCCCAGUGUGGUCAGUGGCAACCUGAAUGCCCCCACGAUCAUGAUUGCAGAGAAGGCAGCCGACAUCAUUAAGGGGCUGCCUGCACUCUGGGACAAGGAUGUCCCUGUGUACAAACCCAAGAGCCUGGCCACCCAGCGUUGAAGCAGUCACUGCCUGAGAAGCCCCCAACGAGUCAAGAGGGCCAGCACAGCCCUUGCUCCCAAUGUUCUUUCCUGAAACUAUCUAGACAGUUAAGAUUCAGUGGCAGAGGACUGGGUAAUUUAAGACAUAAGACCAAUACUGGUCAGUAAAUCAGGAUCCUUUUUCCCAGCACUUUUUUCUGGGCCCUUUGGGAAAAGCCAGUGGAGGAUGGUUAACUCCUGCCAUGGCCUUGUCUUAUGUUCCGUGGUGCUCUUCAACCCAGCAUCCUGCUGCCUUCCCAGGCCUCCCUCUGAAGGCAAGCCCCUCAAAGAAAGAGCACAGAGGCUGGGUGUCAGCCAGACCUGCAUGACCUUCUCCAAGGGGCCACCUUCCAUCUCAGGCUGUGGCUAAGGCCAGGAGUCACGUAACAGGGAGCGAGAGAGCUGCCUGCUAGAAGCACAGGCUUCUCCUUUCUCUUCCGCUUCUCAGUUUUACUCCAUUUCACUCCUGGAGUGAGGCAAGAACUGGUGCUCAGCUCGGUCACUCUGAGGGGCUUGCGGCCCACCUGUCUGAUGCCCUGCUUCUUAUUAAACACGAUCAGCCCGGCGAAAGGAUUUCUGGACCUUGUUCAAGGAGAGAAGAGUCUGGAGAGGCUCUUUACUACCACAGGUUUCACGAGUUAGCAUUUUAAAAGAUUUUCCUGUUACCGGGAAACCUAGAACCCAGAGCAAACCCCACAUACCAGACCACCACUCCUUGCCAAAGCAGCUAGCCGGAAAGGAUGCUUUAUCCUUGGCCUGGGGAAGUGACUCAGCACUGGACAAAGCUGGCUGAUUCUUAUUCUCCAGAUGUCCAUGGGAACAGACGAGGAUGGAGCUGAGACUGAUGAAAAAAGCAGUCAAGUAAAAGUAGCUCCCUGAUCUCAUAAAAAUGCAAUUGAAAGAAUAAAUUGUCAAAUAUUUGAGUUGGGGGAGGGGGGCGGGAAACAAUACAAGUAGCAUUUAAAACAGUUCUUUGAUCUUUAAACUUCCUAUAAUUCAAUAAUGUAAUCCAGUAAUUUAUUUUUGAACUGAGAUGCCUUAUUCAGACAGUCCUUACAAGAUAAUGAAAACUAAUGCAUUUUGGAUUGAUUUUUCUGAAGAUAUUCAACACUACCGUCCAUGGCAGGGAAGAAAAGAAGCGCUAUAUGGAAAUUUGCCUUGUUAGGCCCAGAAUAAAGAAGGGAGAAAAAUGGUACAUUCAGAGCUUCUCCCAGGAUCAGAAUGAACUGAGGUGGCUUGGAGGCUUGGCAGCCAUAACUUAUGUUUCUGAGAAAGACCUUCCAAAAAAGAUGGAAAGAAGAAGACCAUCAUACAUCGCAUUUCUUUAAAAAUUUUAAACAUCUCUUAUUUAAAUCUUACCUGUAUCCUGUUUUAUUUUCGGUUCCAAGGGAGGAUCAAGAAAGAAAAUUCUAAAUCUGCCUAGAGAGGUUCCCCACCUGUCCCACAGCCUUGGUCCGUAGCCAUCAUCUUCUGGGUCUUGGAGCCACCUGUAAGGGCAAAAGAACAGCCAAGGAGCACAGGUGCCAACCCCACUGCUCUGAGAGCCAAGAACGAACAACUUGGGUGUGUAGGGGGGUCCCAGGCGACUGUGACUAUACCGACCUCCUCUGGCGCGGGUAUGGCAGGUGACACAGCCAUUCAGUUCUGCCAUCUCUCUUUGUGGUAUUCUCAGCCUCUGAGACAAUGGCUGAUUUGCUGUGGCUAUAUUGUAAGUUAAUGAAAAUAAUGCGUCCCGGUACGGCUUAAUUAGAUCCUGGCCCCUCUCCCAGUCAUGCUUAUGAGGGUCUUGUUCCUAUAAUCACACAAUUUAGCCAUACAUAGAAGUUCCAAAAGAGAAGACCGUGAGCCUCAUAUAUCCAGGACCUAUAGAAGUCAAAGUGGAAAACUGUACUGUUGGGGUUCAGACACGGUACAGAAUAGUGACUUGUAGUUUCUCACUGGAGCCUGACAGCUGAGUGCUGCAGCUGUCUGAAAGUUCCACUGCCCUGAGGGCACCCGACAGAAUAAGGGACAGAUCGCGCUGAUAUGGGCAGGUAUAGGAGCAGCCUGCCUGCUGUGUGACCAGGAAAUGGCAGGUCCCGGAAGGGGGAACUCUGGCGCCUUAGCUGCUGUCUUUCAGCUUCCAGUGCAGACAGCAUCAUUUCCAUAAAUUCAAAUAGAUUCUUCUCUCCAACCAAACCAUGUUCCUCCACCCAAAGGUCAUUUCAUAUUUCCACUGAUCGACUUAACAUCAGAUCUGAUACCUAGAUUCUUUUCUCUUAAAAAUCAGAAAACACACGAACACGCCCUUCUCGGCUGGCCCUGCCUUGAGACCCACGCAGUCUCUCUUACCAUCUCCUGCCACCAUCCCACCCACCUCCCCGGGGCAUCCUCAUAACCACUCGAUAUAUAUCAUUCCCACUUUGGAAGCUAGGGCCCCAGGCCUGCUCCUCCUCCUUACCUGCCCUCCUAAGUUCCCAGAAGUAAAGGAAUAUCAUUUUAAAGAAAAAACUUUUUCAACAAAGGAAAGCGUAGUUGGAAUCUAUCGUUAACCAGUUUUUAGGACAAACCGCCACCCAUCAUAAUAAAAAGCUUUGUAGGAAAGCAGCCAAUUGGCAAAGACACUUACGACUGAGGUGCAGCCUAUAAAAAACAAACAAACAAACAAACAAAACCAUGAAAUAAACCACCCAGUUUUCUUUCGCAUGCGUGGGGGCAGCAAUAAAGUAGGUUGGUUCAUCAAGCAGGUCAAGACCACACUGCACCAAGACGCUUCCGGGACCUUCACGACCCACCCUUCCUGGCCUUGGCUGAUUCUGAAACCUCUUGGACUGGAGCUGGAAAGUAGCGCCUGGCCAAGUCUGGAUGGAAAUCACAGAGACAAUUGUUAAGGAGAUUCUUGUUCAUUGAUAGUUAAAUCAGAACUGCCAUUUCCAUUUUGUGAUAUUAUGGAAAAGAAAAAAAAAACACAACAGAUUAAAGAAACAACGUACUAGUCCUAGAGACACCACAAAAUGACAUUUUGGUAGAAGGGGAACCAAAAGGAAAGACAUUUAAUCUUAAAACUUUCCUAAAACAAAGGAAAAAACCAUGCUCUACAACUUCAAAUUUUUCUUACAAAGAAAAAUUUAAUGUUAGAUGAGAGGUUGAACCAGACUUAAAGCAGACAGAUAUUAGGAGAGGUGCAGCCUGUAAAAAUGCCAGUUUCUAAGUACUGACUGGAAAACCUCAUUGCCGAUACCAGAAAGUCAGUCCUGGUAGGCAGUGUUGGACUGGCGAUGUUAAGCCACACAGUAAGACCAAUACCUAAAAGAGAAACAGUCCCAGAUGAUGAUAACAGUGGUUUAGCCCUUAAGGAGAAACAGUGCUCUCUGCAGCUGGUAUUAGGUUACCAUAGGCAUUGAAGGAGCCACGAGGAUAAGAAAAAGUAUUUACAGAAUUACAAUGACAGAACUGCCCUCACAGAGUGCUCGCCCCUCUGAAGCUCUCGCUGGCGAACGCCAGCUCUUUGCAAGGAGAGCUCCUAAAUAUAAUAAAAUUAUUACACAGUUUUAUUAUGAAGAACAUUUUGCAUUUUAAUAAAAAAGAAUUUACCUCAGGAAAUAGUCAUUUACAAACCUUGAAGUGUUUUUGCCUGGAUUUGGAGUAAGAAUGUUUAAGAAGAGGUAAGGUCUUCACAACAAAGUAUUAAAAAAAAAAAAAAAAUCACUGAUUAACAGGUUGUCUAUGUAAUAUCUAAAAAU